AUGGCAUCGGUCGACCCAACAAUUGCUCCUUCUGUUGCUUCUGUAUCUAAUGCUAAAGAGGCUUUGGACCAUUUGCAUACCACAUUUGCAAAUAAGUCUCAAACCAGAAUCUACAGUCUUCGGGAUCUUCUUGCUAAGGUUUCGAAAGAUAACAAAUCUGUCGUAGAAUAUCUUCGAGAAAUUAGAUCUCUCGCUGAUGAACUUGUCGUUGCUGGAUCAACUGUUACUCAUGAAGAGUUAGUAAUCAAGAUUUUGAAUGGUCUUAGACCAGAAUACAGUCAAUUCAGUGUUGCUAUUCGAACACGUGAUACCCCCAUCUCUUAUGAAGAACUAUUUGAGAAACUUUCAGAUCAUGAAAUCUUCUUACAACAUGAAGAACAAAAGAAGAAGCAGACCAACUCCAUUACUGCUCAAAUAGCACAACAAAAUAUUAGUUCAAACAAUAUCAAAAGCAAUCGGCCCUAUAUUUGUCGCUCAAAGUCUCAUAACGACUUUGAAGCAAAAGCUUUAUUUGCUUCCACAUCAAACUCAAGCCAAGCACCAUGGAUUCUAGACACAGGAGCAUCUCACUAUAUCAUUGACAUCCCUCAAAACUUGGCUACUGCACAAGAUUAUACUGGACCGGCAGAGAUUUCAAUGGGUAAUGGUAAUGCAAUUCCAAUUACUCACACAUGA